AUGGAGACAGCCGAUCUACUUCCCCUGCUGGAGCAGCUGGACGACAAUAUUGACGAUCUCGAGGAAUCCCUGCAGCCCAUCCUGAAUGGCUCCGUUCUGGAGGCAUCCAAGAACCUGCCGGUGCUGGACAAGGCCAAAUUCCAUGUGCUGGUGACCUACGCGCUGGAGUCUCUCAUUUUCUCCUAUUUGCGUCUCCAUGGCGUCAAUGCUAAAGACCACCCCGUCUUCCGGGAACUGACCCGCGUCAAGCAGUACUUUGAGAAGAUCAAGUCGCUGGAGACCGAGCCCGAGCAGCGGACCAUGCGACUCGACAAGGAAGCGGCCGGUCGGUUUAUCAAGCACGGAUUGGCCGGCAACGAGAAACUGGACAUGGCGCGCAAGGAACAGGAAGCCAAAGAACGGGCGCGCGCUCAACUGAAGGCGAAACUGCUGGCGAAGAAGAUGGCUACGACGUCGGACAACUCACCCAGCAACCCAGCCGGGGACUCCGAUGAGGACUCAGAUGAGGCGUCUGCUCCGGAGGAUGUGUCUGCCCCGUCGGGCGACUCGAAGACCGAGAAGAAGGAGAAAAAGACAAAACAAGGAAAAGGAAAAGAGGAAACCGACGGUGACAAGCCGGCCAAGUCGAAGCGCAAAAACGGCACCAAAGAGGAGCAAAUUCAGAAAAAGAAGGACCGACGGAAGAAGAAGAACGAUAAGCGCAAUGCAGCACGCAAGGAGAAAUAA